AUGGGCACAGAUAGCAAGAAGGUUGGUGUAUGUGCAACAUUCGGGACGUUCCACUUAAGUCUCAUGCUGACAAGCUCAGAAACUGUGAUAUGCCGAGUCAAUAGGUCAGCUCGCAAACCAGUUCCCUUACCUAGAGGCAAAGAGAUGCUGACAUUCCUCUCUGAAGUUCGAGUCGUCUGUACUGGACAAGAGAUGAAGAACAAACUGCGUGGUCUGCUUAUUUGCCCAACCAUUGCUAUCCAGUUGUUAAGUAACAAGCAAUCAAGCAUGUAG